AUGGCCUGGUGGCGUCGUGAUCCAUCUCUCUUCUCCCGAUCGCCCGUCCAUCGCUACGCUCAACGCGUCCUCCGUGAUAACCAAGCUACUCUGCGUACACGUUGCUUCUCGCGAAGCCCCUCAAAGAAUGCCCAGCAUGAAGACAACGGCGAGCGCAAGCGCCCAGAGAACAUGUCAAACCUUGAGUGGAUGCAAUUGCAGCACUACGAAAGGUGGCGAAAGCGUCUGCAAGAGGACCCAUAUAAGACUUUGUUUGGAGCUAGCAAUGACAUGUUGAAUGGCAAGGGCCUGAUGGACUGGGAUUGGAUCCACAAAAGCUUCCCCAAGUGGAUCUUGAAUGAUAUGGAAGUGGACGAUAAGCCUCAGGAGAAGUCUCCAGAGAGGCCAAAGAAUCAUAAAAGGGUAGAGACCCGAGAUGAAAGCCCAGAUACCAUGCCAAAAGCGCGCGAAUCCGUCGUUUCCAAACCCUACCUCAGACGGGCCACAUUCGAACGUGAUGAGUCUGCUGGGAUUGUAUCGCCGUCUGAUUUGAGAAGGCCCAGGGAACAUUCUCAUGUGAAAGUAGUCGGGCAUGGUUCACCUGGGAGUAGGAUGUCGGCCACCGCGGCCGUUGCCCCCUCUGCCGACGGACUAAACAACUCAGCUCCCAAAGACGUAUCGAGCGCAACGGAACAUCAUAUACCACACCCAAUCGUUCUAAGCAACGACGAAGUGAUUGCUCGACAACCUGCUGCUCUUGAGGCCCGUUUGGCGCACAACGGCCUCAACGACGCAGCAGAAGGAACCUCGGCUCGUGAUACACCAUUCAUGAAGGAAUUUCUUAACAACCUCAGAUCAGAAGAACUCGAGUUUCACAAUGCCAUUUCCGAUCAGGGGUCAUGGAGACAAACAGCAGUACAGAGACGAGCUGCAACAGAGUCAACCAUCAAGCCUCAAGCUCAGCCCUCGGUCCCAUCAACAUCGAUCGAGAAAGAAGCCUCGCCCGCCCUACCAAGUACAAUUGAGCCAUCUCAACCGCUACCAGCACCUUUUCCACGGGAUCAAACCGACAAGACCUUCAACGAGGGUAUGAAUUGGCGCUUGAAACAAGAGUCGACCUCACCUCGUACCGAGAUCAAGGCUCAGGAUGACAUCCCUCCAGCACGUUCUCCUUCAGAUGUCCUCAAACAACUUCCUGAAGACGACAUCGAUUUUCUUAGUGCUGCGGACAUACGUGCGUCGAUGCGUAUGAAACGUGGCAGGAAGCCAACCGAAGAGCAGAGGCAGGCAGAACGUCAAAGCCUAGAAGAAGCAUUUACUGCUGCCCAGGAUCCUCCUCACUUGGACCCCAUGCUGGAAGCCGGAGUCGUCAACGAUCAACACGUUCGUCGUGCCGAGCGCGAAAAGCGUGCUGUUCAAGUCGCCGAACAAGCUAACAUCGCAGAGUCAUUGAAGGAGUCGCAUCCACAUAUUCCAGCAGCUGGCGCCCCAAUCGAGUCUAGUAUCGAUCGAAUGAAGAAGUGGAUCGAAACUACAGGCGCCAGCUUUGCAAAACAAUUCUGGCAAGAUCCAACUGAAGAAGCAGAUGUAACGAAGACUAAGUUGUUCUUCGACAAAGUCGCCAACUACAUAAAGAAGGGGCAGGCUGCAACACGACAUGUAACUGCAGAUCUGGAGAAGGAUGUUCCAGCUUCGAUACCGCUGCUGAAGCGGCUGAGAAGCGAUGAACAGAUACUCGAUGCUGCCAUACACAGACUCCGACAACGUUCGCCUAGCGGAACAAGUCAAGGUAUAUCUCCAAGGAAGAUCAGAGCCAUGCAGUCUCUCAAGACCAGAUUUCACCAGACCAAUAAUGAGCUGGAGAAAGCAUAUGAAGCGUUACGUCAGCUCGCAGGUACCGAGGCGGCGACGAACGCGACGGGUUCGUUCAAGCGCAGGCUUACUGCUGCGUCCACAGUGUUACACAAGAACUCGCAACUACUGCGCAUGCUUGUGUGGAGUCUGCAGGCACGUCUGGAAGAUCCGAACGUCGACCGGAGUAUUCUUUCGAACUACAAAGUUGUCGCUGACAAUUUGCUUUCGCUUCGAGAUACUCAGGUGACCUUGAUGCGGCUUGUCGAACGCGCAAUGUUGGUCUACAAUGUGGUACCAAACGCACCGGAGAAUCUUGACGCAAUUAAGGCUGAGCAGUCUGCCGAGUUUGCUAGUUGUGAGGAUCCUUUUGUCCGUGCAAGAUUGGCAGCUGAUGCACACCUCAUCGACGAGAUUAAAGCAUCCAAAAUUGCAAAGGAUGCAGUCUCAGAAGAGCAAGUUGCCAUCGAGCCGAAGCGUUCAACCAGCACGAUCUUGAACGAGCCAAGUCCUCUCGCUCAUAGCUUGUUUAGACCCUUCGGCCCAGCUAUAGAAAAGCUUGGUAGCAAAGAAGUACAAGAGCAGAUGAAGGAAAAUGAAACCAGGAAGCUCAGAGAUACAAAAUUAGUCGAUGAGAUUAAGCAGUCAUAUCAGGAAAGGUAUAGUAAGAUCAAUGCCGAGCAUCAGCAGGUCGCAUCCUCCACAAUGGAGCAUGAGUCUUCGAAACAGGAUCUUGAGAAGCCAAUUCAGAUGUUGAAGGAUGACCCGGAGGCAAGUCUCUCGAUAUCACAAGAUUCGCCAUUGGUCACCGCUUCCGAGCCCUCAAAACCAACGGGCGAUGCAGAGAAACAGUUUGCUACAACUUCCGAACAAGUCACAUCUGCCCUGGAGAAAGCCGAUGCGGCUUUGAAAACAACGGUAACACAACCUGAGCCAGAAUUCGAGCCAACAUCGGCCACCACUCCCUCCCAGUCAAUGGAAACUCUUCCAACACACUACACGAUCAUCGUCCGCGACCCGCAAACGGACGCCCUGUCGAUCACCACAUCAACAAGCGGCCCACCUCGCGAUACCUCACCCGCUGUCCCUCUCCACCAAGCCCUCUCAGACCUCGACAGCCCUGCGAAAUUCAUCCCAUACAUAACAUCCGGCCUUGAAGUCGUCAGCGCAAAAAAAGACAUUCUCGUCCUCCGCGACGCCAUAGACAGCAGCGCCUCAACACGUCCUUUUGAGACUGUUCGCACGUCGCCAGCAACUACAUCUGAGCAGCCUGACUUCAGUCGCGACAGUAUCAAUCCAAUCGACGGCACUACUCGCCUUUCGCCAACGGGCUACGUCGGGCCUGAAGAGACGGCUGAGCAGCUGGAGAAAGAGUUCCAGGAACGCAGACAAGCUGCUAGUAGAAUGAAUGUGAAAGAAAACACGCAAGAUGAGCCAAGGAAAGGAAAUACAAAAGAGAAGAAGAGAGGUGCAGGAGGUGUAGCGAAGACAGCGAUUUGGGUCGCAGGUAUGUGCUAUGUCGCUGGGGUUAUUGGGGAGAUUGCUACUGGGGGUUGA